GCAGAUGCCGUGUUUGCAUUCCAGCUACGUAACCCGGUUCAUAACGGGCAUGCUCUGUUGAUGCAAGAUACCAAAUGCAAAUUGCUGGAGAGGGGUUACAAGAAACCAGUUCUGUUGCUUCAUCCAUUAGGAGGGUGGAUUAAAGACGAUGAUGUUCCUUUACAUGUGAGAAUAGAACAACACAAGGCUGUUUUACAGGAAAAUGUACUAGAUCCGAAGACUACAGUACUUGCAAUAUUUCCUUCUCCAAUGAUGUAUGCAGGUCCAACCGAGGUUCAGUGGCAUGCUAAAGCACGUAUGGCUACGGGAGCUAACUUUUAUAUUGUAGGACGAGACCCGGCAGGAAUGCCUCACCCAAACACAAAGAAAGAUUUGUAUGACCCUACUCAUGGUAGUAAGGUGCUUACAAUGGCUCCUGGUCUUACUCAGCUGGAAAUUAUACCAUUCCGAGUGGCAGCAUAUGACAAAAUAAAGAAUAAAAUGGAUUUCUUUGAGCCAGAAAGAAAAGACGACUUCGAAUUCAUAUCCGGAACCAAGAUGCGAACGUUAGCUCGUAAUGGAGAGAACCCGCCGGAUGGCUUCAUGGCCCUGACUGCUUGGAAAAUUUUAGCUAAUUACUAUAGAUCUUGAGAACCAUUAACUUUUAAUUCAAGCACAACGUUUGUCGUAUCUGUGGGCAUUGCAACAGAAACAAUUAACUUGUGAUUAAAGCCGUUUUUAGUGGUCCAUUAAAUUUUCCGGCUGUCUCUAGGGGCAUGUCUUCAUGUAGCACAAAGGGAAAAUUCAAACAUUUAAUGAAGCACAUUAAAGAGUGUAAUAAUAAACACUGGCACACGAAUGAAGUGCAUGGGACCAAACUGUUGAGUAAUUCAAGCAUUUUGUUUUCUCUUUACUGUUUCUCUUCUUGUUUAGUAUGGAUCUCUUAAAAUAUAUAUACAUGCAUUUUUUUAUAAUAUUUAAAUUAAUUAUUUUGAAGUACAACUUGAUAUCUAAUAUUUUUUAUCAUUUAAGUUUUCUUUCAGUGAAAAAAAUAAUGUGCCUUAGAAAUGAAAUGUAUCCAGAUUGUACUGGAAGAGUUCAGGUAAAAUGAUUAAAUGCUUUUUUAUGCAGUUUGAGAACUAUAUAUAUAUAUAUGCUUCACAGUCUACUGCUUUGUUAAUUGUACAUUUGAAGAAGUUAGACGUAUGGCAGCACAAAUGUAACAGUACGUAGAAUAUGAUAACCUUAAUAAGGUGUAAAAAAAACAUCUCUAACAACAUAGUGAAAUUAUCAAUAUAUAGUCUUGUUCUGACUUUUCUAUUCCAGUCCUACUGGUGAUAGUGGUGUGAAAACCUUUGACCUUGACCUAUUAAGUAGUUUAUCCUGUUAUAUCUGAUUUCAGUGAGUAUGCUGUGUGCAAAAUAAAAUAUUACUUUUUUUUUCA